AUGUGUCUUAUUACUUUCGAUAUUUUUCUUGUCCAGAAGAUUGAUUUCGAGCAUCACCAUUUAACCACAUUAGGAAUAAUACUCUUGAAUUAUGAUGAGAGCUUUAUUCAAUGGGAAGAGGUGAAACCGUAUUGCGCUGUCCGACCGAAUCCACAAUGUUGUUACAGUCGAGAUGAUGACUGUUUUAUGCCGUAUUAUGACUCGCGAUGUUAUUGCGAUACAUUCUGUUUUCGUGGUAUUGAUAAUCAUGAUUGUUGUCCGGAUCAUGAUGCAUUUUGUGAAGGAAAAAACAUUACUACGCCAUUUCCGACACCAAGACCAACACAGCGUCCACCACCCCCUCCACCAAUAAUUCACACUGGUAAAUGCUACGAUGCAGAAACUGGUCGAGAGUAUUCGUUAGGUGAUUCUUUUCUACGUGAUUGUAACUUGUGUCGAUGUAUCACCCUUGGUUUUGAAUCAACCAUAUCCUGUGAAGAAGAUCUCUGUGUGAACAGUCCUGAUCUUAUUUCAUAUGUGAACGGUAAACAACCCUAUCUCGGCUGGACAGGCACAACUUAUGAUCGAUUCAAUGGCGUCAAAGUAAAAGAUGCAUUGAAACAUUAUCUCGGUACGAUACCAGACCGAACUCUACGCAAUAUGGUAGACAACGCUCCCGAUGAUCCAAAUGAUUACUUUCGUAUGGACGAUGUUGAUUCAUUUGAUGCACGUACUUAUCAAAAUUACGCCGGUAAAAUUCGUGGUAUUCGUGAUCAAGGUAAAUGUGGUAUAUCAUGGGCUCUUUCAACUGUCGAUGUUGCUGCUGAUCGUCUUGCACUCGUUCAAAAUAUCAAAUGGAAAAACGAACAAUUGAGUGUCCAGAACAUUCUUUCAUGUACUGAUCCCGAAGCAAAAGACGGCUGUGAUGGCGGUCGUGUUGUAUAUGCAUGGGGUUACAUCAAAGAUCGCGGUGUUGUGACUGAAGCUUGUUAUCCAUAUGAAAGUGGAACCACAGGUAAUAUUACGGAAUGUAAACUUCAUUUAUCCGAUAGUGAUUUACAAAAUAUUGCUCAACAUCGCAAAGUCACAAAUAUUAAAUGUCCGUCGAAUAUCAAUGGUGAACAUUUUAACUUUGGUCCUGCCUAUCGUGUUCGUGACGAGGCACGUUCGAUCAAAUAUGAAAUUCACUUUCGUGGACCUGUACAAGCUACCAUGCGUGUUACUCCGGAGUUUUUCUUGUAUAAGUCCGGUGUUUAUCGUUGCGGCGGUUCAAGUUAUGAUCGUCAAAAUCCACGUUAUGCUAGUUUGGCCGGUUAUCAUUCGGUUCGUUUGCUCGGUUGGGGUACAAGUAUCGAUCCCAAUACUCAACAACAAGAAAACUAUUGGAUCGCAGCUAAUUCAUGGGGUACAGGUUGGGGUGAAGAUGGUUACUUUCAUAUUCGUUUUGGCGAAUGUGAAGUUGAAGAGUCGGUUAUUGCAACUUAUGGUAAAUCAACUGAAGUUCUUAAGAAAAAGAAUAAACGUCAAUAG